GUGGCUUUUCACAUACAGCCGUACAAGGGCCGGACGGACCAGAGCGUGUAUGACAACAUCAGAUACAUUAUUGACAAGUAUGGAAAACAUGGCGCCUUCUACAAAUUCAAGUCGAGCACCGGGCGAGUACUGCCUCUGUUUUACAUCUACGACUCCUACCUGACGCCGCCCGAGUCCUGGGCAGAACUCCUGACAGCUAAAGGCGCCCGCAGCGUCAGAGGCACGCCUUACGAUGGGAUUUUCGUCGCACUCAUUGUCGAGGAGCGUCACAAAUACGACAUCCUAGCUAGCGGCUUUGACGGCAUGUACACGUACUUUGCCUCCAACGGCUUUUCGUUUGGCUCGUCCCACCAGAACUGGAAGGCCAUCAAGGCGUUCUGCGACGCAAACAAUCUGCUGUUCGUCCCGAGCGUUGGUCCCGGGUACGUGGAUACCGCCGUUCGACCGUGGAACAACCAUAACACCAGGAACCGUGUUAACGGGCGUUACUAUGACACGUCCCUGCAGGCAGCUCUGUCCGUCCGUCCAGAAAUCGUCACCGUUACGUCCUUCAACCAAUGGCACGAAGGCACACAAAUAGAGAAGGCCACGCCCAAGAAAACUGUGACCCGUUUGUAUCUAGACUAUCAGCCUAACCAAUCAGACCACUACUUGGAGCUAACACGCCAGUGGGCAGAGAACUUCAACAAAGAGAAGGACAAGUGGCUGAUGUGAGCGUCAGCUGAGCAUCGCUACAGGAUGUUGAGCUCGCUGCCGAGUCUGAGCGCUCCACAAAGCUGCCGCUCGGCGCUCUCUUCCUGUUUCGACUGCCUGUCAUGUUUUGUACAUGUUAAUAAUUCACAUGUUGAUGCUUCAGUGACGAACAGCUAACACUGGUUUUGUGAGUAGUGUGGUCCUGACUACUAAAACCAUGUGAUGUGUACAGUAACUCUACUGUGAGGUUUGUGUUGUAUUAUCCGAUGCUCAGACUGUUCUUUCCUGUCUUUCCAUGGUGACAAAUUAAACUGUGUCUGUUUACAGCUGGACAAUCAGUUGCUGAUGUGAAAA